AUGAGCGUUAUGUCUGCUUUACUUUCACAUACAUUUGCCCAGGCCCUGUUACAGGCACAGAGAUUGGCACAGCUGACUACUCAGGCGGCAGUACCAGAACUGACACAUGCUCUGCCUCAGCCUGGCCGCAAGGCCUCAUAUAAGGCUAAACACUCAUCCAAAACAAUAAAGAUGGACAGUACCAUACCUGUUACGGAUGGCGCUGUUGAUUUACCACCACGCAAAAGAGCCACUAGCCUGGCAAAAUUGGCUAAACUUUGGAAAUGGGCAAAAGCCCAACUGCACUCUGAGUCUGAGCUCAGUGAUAUUGAGGAGGAGUUCCCUGAGUCCUAUAUGGAUGAAUCAGAGGAUCUUUCUGAUCCUGAUUAUGAAAUUAAUGAUAGAGAAAAAUCUAAUCCCUCGCGGGAUACACUUCCCGUUAAACCUACCAAGAUUGAG